AUGUCCGAGUCUGGGACAAGCGAACGUGGGCGUGGCAGCAGCACCAGCGGUGGCGGUGGUGGUGGCUGCUCGCGGGUGGUCCUCUCGGCCCACCCCGACAAGGAGGCCAAGCGGGUGCGAUUCACGGUGACGUCGGACAAGCCUGCGUACUUUGGUCGGGUGGCAGAGACGAUGACCACGCGGAUUGCCAGGUCGGGCUAUCCGGGUGAUGUCUGCGUCCUCAAGACCGAGCGGGUCUCGGGCGCUCAUCUCAAGGUCUGGUUUGAGGCGGGCGCCUUCUACGUCAAGGACCUGAAGUCGGCCAACGGGACGUUGCUGCUGACUCCGUCGCCGCAUGGCGUGCUGGAGACCUUUCUGGGCAACCGCCAUGAGCGGGCGCCGCCGGUCAAGCUGGAGCCACUCUCGGUACUUGUUCUUGCCGGCGAUCUGCGGCUGGUGGUCGAGUCAAUCGCGCUUGCUCCCGGGCACGACGUCGAUCUAGGGCACUCGUUGACGACGGCCGCCGAGUUUGACGGGACUGUCACCGCCGGCGAGUCGGCAACCGAUCUGGCCUUGCACGUGGUGGCCGGGCCGGGCGCUGGAUCGACCUUUCUCAUGUCGCCCGGCCACACAUACCUCAUCGGGCGCGAGUCGAGCAAGCCUGUCACUGUCCGCCGCGCCGGUGUGGUUCGGUUUUCCAUCGGGGUGCCCAAGGCGCCGCUCUCGGCUCGCCAUGCCCUCAAGCGCUCACACGCCGAGCUCUCGUUCCUCUCGCCCAUCGAGCGACGGCACUCGAGUCCCGAGGCGCGGUAUAAGGUCACGGCGCGCGGUAGCGUCGGCUACCUUGUCCGUGACUGUAAGGACGAGCUCGACCUCAAUGCUGUGGCAUGGGAGGAGCUUGCUCCCGGCGGCUCACUGCUCUUUGCCUUUGACGACCUUGUCAAGAUUGGCAACGUAGUCUUUCUGGUCACGUCGAACCACGCGGUGCCACGCAAGAUCGCCCCGCCACAGCUCAUGGGCUGCUCGCCGGUCGACCUCCUCCUCUCGUGGGGCGUGCAGGGGACAGCGGCGUCGGUGACGUCGUUCAUGAUCCAAGCAACGUCCAAGAACCCGGCCAAGGCGGCGGCGCGUGACUGGAAGCUGUUUUCCUCCGUCAAGCCGCAGCUCCUCAUCUCGGAACUCUCGCCGUCAACCGAGUACUGGGUUCAAGUCCGGGCGCGCAACGCUGCAGGUCUCGGCCCGUGGUCGCGGCCGGCCGUCUUCCGCACCUCGGCCUCGUGGUCCGACGACGAGUGCGACGACGACGAGUCGUACGACUACGAGUACGUCGGCGAUGCCGGCGGCGCGGGUGGCGGCGAGGGUGGCGACGGCGAGUCGGGCCUGGAACUGGUGGCCAAUUCCUCGGCGUCGGAUGUGACAGCUGUGCUGGGCUUGUUCAGCCAUCGCGAGGGUAACGAGCUGCGGUUUGUCAAGGCCAAACUGUUGGGCCAGGGCGGGCAGGCCGUGGUGUACCUCGGCAUCGACCUCGACGACGGUGGCAUGUACGCGGUCAAGGAAGUCUCGUUUGCAGCGAGCGACGAGAAAGAGGUGGCCAAUGCUAGCAUGCUUGUCGAGACCGUGAGCAUGCUGCAGGAGCUCGAGCACGAGCACAUUGUGCGGUAUAAGGGGGUGGCACAGAGCGAGGGCAUGCUCCGCAUCUUUCAAGAGUACUGUGCCUCAGGAUCGGUCCGUGGCAUGCUCGACGACCUUGACGAAGGUGUUGACGGCCUGCCCGAGGUUAUUGUGGCGCGGUACACGGCGCAGAUUCUGCGCGGGCUCGCGUACCUGCACGCCAACUCGAUUCUCCACCGCGAUAUCAAGGCUGCCAACGUGCUUGUCCAUGUUGCCGGCGACGUGACGGUGCUCAAGAUAUCCGACUUUGGCCUCGCGUGGCAGGCCAAGACCGGGACUGGGACUCGCGGCACUGUCGGCACGCCGUACUUUAUGGCUCCCGAGGUGGUCCGCAACACAACGCCGGCGCCAGCCGGCGACAUCUGGGCGCUCGGCUGCACAGUGUACGAGAUGCUUGUCGGCGCGCCCCCACUGCUGGCCAUGGGCGACGUGCGGGCGUUCUUCUACAUCGGCUCGGUUCUCGCCCGCCAAGACUACGGCCACCAGCUGCCCCAGAGCGUCGCCGUCUCGCCGCAGUGCGCCGACUUUUUGCGCCAAUGCUUUGCGGUGGAUCCAGCCUCGCGCACAACCGCCGAGGCGCUGCUGAGCCACGAGUGGCUUGCCAUGUUUGCGCAGAGGUGAAUGUACUUGUGUUAUUGGCCGUCGGCCGUUGCCGGCGCCUCGGAUUCGUUGUCGUUGUCGAGCGGGGUGAUGCUGGCGGGCUCGGGCGCGGCGACGCCGAGGACUGCCGGCGCCGCAGCGGCCCAAAACGGCCAAAGCGCGGCCGGCUCAAAGGCGA